AUGUCGGAAGACACCACCGACCCGGCGCUGCUGCCGGACCCAGCCCACGACCUUACGAUACCAUCACCACCCAGCAUUUCCAAAGAACGCCAUUCACUGACGCUCGAUCAGCGUCGCGCGCUGCGGCGAUGGGCUAGCAGCCAGGUGAUGCGUCCUUCUCACAGGGCGUGCAUCGACUGGUUCUUUUCCCAGUACGGGCAGAUGAUUAGCCAGUCCACUGUGUCGCACUCGCUAUCGCCCAAGUACUCUAGGCUCGAUGGAGAGCACCCGCAGCUGUCUGGAUCGCGGCUGCGCUUCGGAAACUGGCCAGACGUGGAGAAGCUGGUGCUGCUGUGGUACCAGCAGGUGCAGGCCUCGGGGCGCCAACCGACGAACGACGAGCUGGGCGAAAAGGCAAAGUCCAUCUUUAGCCAGCUGCCCCGCUACCGCGAGGAGCCGGCGCCCGAGUUUUCGCCCGGCUGGAUUCACCGGUUCAAGAAGAGGUAUGGGUUGUUGAUUCGCCGGCAGCGACGGCAUAACGACGGCGGCAUGAACCCCGCCGAAGACAUUGACUACCUGGCCGACUGCGUUCCGCGGUUCAUGGGGAUUGCGCCCGACACGAGCCCUGCCGCGAUUCGAGAACAGGUCCUGCGCGUGGUCGGCGUGGAAGCGACCCUCAACACGUGCGCGCUCGUGCGCGACAACAUUCUCCAUCGCAUCGCCACCGAGCAGCCGCCCCUGCCCCCGCACGAAAUUACCAUGCCGCCGCCCGAUGCCGAGCUGGGCCAUCCGCAGCACGAGCAGCACGAGCAGCACAUGUACGCCGACGACGACCCCGAAGUCGUGCUGCAGAACGCGCUGCGCCAACUCCAAGAAGAGGAGCAGGCUGCGGAGGAGCAGGCCGCCGCUGUCCGAGAAGAACGCGAGCGGGCGGAGCGCGAAGCUCUGGAGCCACAGUCUCUAAUGGGGGAUAGACCACCGCCAGAUCACAGAUACGAGACACCGUCACAGGAGCUACCGCCAGAGCUGACAAUGACUCCAAUGCAUACAGAGGAGCCAAGGGCACCUCUUGAACAGGCCAUGCGCUGUCCCUUUUGUAUUAAUCAACGUAUGCUGAGGUCCAUCACGGAUGCUGUUGAGCACAUGUCGACGCAUGUUGUGGUGUAA